CUGCUGGCCGGUGGAAGGCGGCAGAGGCGGGCGGGGGUUUUGCCCCUGGCUCGCUCGCCCCAAGCUCGCCCCAAUCCCCGCCGAGCUCUGUGCCGAGAGCCCACCCCUUCCCACCCAGUCUUGGUUCCUGGCCGCAGAAGCGCUGCAGAGCCAGCGCUGGUUUUCGGGAAGUCCCGCGACCUUCUCACUCCGCUGGCUCUCGCCCGAGCGGACGGCAUGGACCGGCGGGUGGCUCUGCGCUGCCUGCUGCCCUUGUGCGCAGGCCUGGCGGCCGCGGCGACCUCCUGCCCUCAGAACGUGAACAUCACGGGCGGCACCUUCACCCUCAGCCGCGGCUGGGCCCCGGGGAGCCUCCUCACCUACGUCUGCCCCCGGGGCAGCUACCCGUCUCCGGCCUCGAGGCUGUGCGCGAGCAAUGGGCGGUGGCGGAGCCCAGGAUCCACCCCGAGACCCCGGCGCACGGAGGCGAAGGCGACCUGCAGACCUGUCCGCUGUCCGGGCCCCAUCGUCUUUGAGAACGGCGUGUACACCCCUCGGCUGGGCGUCCACCCCGUGGGCAGCAACCUGAGCUUCGAGUGUGACGAUGGCUUCACGCUGCGCGGCUCCCCAGUGCGGCGCUGUCGCCCCAACGGCCUGUGGGACGGAGACACGGCCGUGUGCGACCACGGGGCUGGCCACUGCCCCGACCCCGGCGUCUCGGUGGGCGCACUUCGGACGGGGUCCCGCUUCGGCUUCGGGGACAAGGUCAGGUACAGCUGCUCCUCCGGCCUGGUGCUCACUGGGUCAGCGCAGCGCGAGUGCCAGGCCAGCGGGGUCUGGAGCGGCUCGGAGCCCGUCUGCCGCCAGCCCUACUCCUACGACCUCCCCGAGGACGUGGCCCCCGCCCUGGGCACCUCGCUGUCGCACUUGCUCGGAGCCACCAACCCCACGCGGACGCAGGAGGGAAGCGUGGCCCGCAGGAUCCAGAUCCAGCGCUCCGGGCACCUGAACCUCUACCUGCUGCUGGACGCCUCGCAGAGCGUGUCGGAGAGGGACUUCGAGGUCUUCAAGGACAGCGCGGUGUCCAUGGUGGACAGGAUCUUCAGCUUCGAGAUCAACAUCAGUGUGGCCAUUGUCACCUUUGCCUCCAAGCCCAAGAUUAUCAUGUCUGUCCUGUCUGACAAGUCCCGGGAUGUGACGGAAGUGACCUACAGACUGGAAAAUGCCAACUAUAAAGAUCAUGAAAACGGAACUGGCACCAACAUCUACGAGGCCCUCAAUAGCAUCUACCUCAUGAUGAAUAACCAGAUGGUGCGCCUGGGCAUGCAGACAGCGGCCUGGCAGGAAAUCCGACAUGCCAUCAUCCUUCUGACGGACGGGAAGUCCAACGUGGGCGGCUCUCCCAAGCCGGCAGUCAACAGUAUCAAAGACGUCCUGAACAUCAGGCAGGAUAGGAUGGACUACCUGGACAUCUAUGCCAUCGGGGUGGGCAACCUGGACGUGGACUGGAGAGAGCUGAACGAGCUGGCUUCCCAGAAGGACGGGGAGAAGCACGCCUUCAAACUGCCCGACGCACAGGCCCUGCGCCAGGUCUUCGAGCACGUGCUGGACGUCUCCGCGCUCACCCACACCAUCUGCGGCGUGGGGAACAUGUCAGCCAAUGCUUCCGACCAGGAGAGGACGCCCUGGCACGUCACCAUCAAGCCCCGGAGCCAGGAGACCUGCCGCGGGGCCCUCCUCUCCGACCAGUGGGUGCUGACGGCGGCGCACUGCUUCCACCAGGCCGAGGACCGCUCCCUGUGGAGGGUCAUCGUGGGGGACCCCAGCUUCCCAUGGGGCAAGGAGCUCCUCAUUGAGGAGGAGGUGAUCCACCCGGGGUUUGACGUCUAUGCGAAGAGGAGCCAGGGUGUCCUGGAGUUCUACGGUGACGACAUCGCACUGCUCAAGUUGGCCCAGAGAGUGCAGAUGUCUUCUCACGCCAGGCCCAUCUGCCUCCCCUGCACCAUGGAGGCCAACAUGGCCCUGCGGAGACCCCAGCACAGCACCUGCAGGGACCAUGAGGCAGAGCUGCUGAGCCCACAGAGCAUCCCCGCUCACUUUGUGGCCUUGAACGGGAGCAAACUGAACAUUAACCUCAAGACAGGGACGGAGAGGGCACGCUGUGUUGAGGCUGUAGCCCAAGACACACAGACCUUUCCCAACCUGACCGACGUGCGGCAGGCAGUGACCAGCCAGUUCCUGUGCAGCGGGAUGGAGAACGAUGACAACCCCUGCAGGGGAGAGUCCGGGGGAGCGGUUUUCCUGGAGCGCAGGUUCAGGUAUUUCCAGGUGGGCCUGGUGAGCUGGGGCCUUUACGACCCCUGCCAGGGUGCUCCCAACAAAAGCGUGCGCAGAAAGGCUCCCCAAGGUGCCCCGCCGCCGCGAGACUUCCACACGAGUCUCUUCAGCCUGCAGCCCUGGCUCAGGCAGCACCUGGAUGGCGUCCUGAACUUUUUGCCACUUUAAUCAGGGCCCUGACCCCUCGGCUGUACCGCCAGGAUCUGCUGUCUCCCCAUCUCCCACCCCUCACGUCCACCCCUAGAUCCUGUGCCAUGUGUGCUCCCAGCUGCCGAAAGCCAGGGCCCCAGGAGCCCAGCAGAGCGGGGACUCCUGGGCUGGUGCUGCUGUCACCGCCCUGCCCCCUCUCUGCCUGGCCCGGGCUCAAGUCCUGCCCAGUGUGAUCCUUUUCACCUUCACAUGGAAUUUCCCAGUUGUAAAAUUAAUAAAACUCUAAGAUUUCUCCAUC